UCAGAGUGUCCCCCCGGUCUUUUGGAUCGUUGGAUAGCGUGUUACGUGUUGUCAUUCAAGCUGUCAUAUCUUUAGACUCGAGUCUUCAUUUUGAGACUCUCUUUAAACACUCGGUGACCGUGCGUUUAUUAAACUGAAUACUGUGUAUUCGUCAACCCCUUAACGCUCAAAAUGUUUCAACAAAAUUUCAUUCAGAGCAGGUUUUGGAUUUUUGUAUUAUAUGUAACUUUUACACUGAGCUUCUGUAUAGCUCUUGACCCACCAAAUCACAAUUUAACACGUAACAAAGCACACAUCUUACCUCCAUGCCAAGCCUGCAAAUCCUUAGUAGAGUCAUUCAAAAAGGGAAUGGAGAGGACUUCUAGAGGGAAGUUUGAAGGGGGUGAUGCAGACUGGGAGGAAAAAAAGCUGAGAAGCUAUGCCAACAGUGAAGUUCGCUUAGUUGAAAUUCAGGAGAAAUUGUGCUCAGAUCUUUCCAAAGGAGAAGACCAGUGUCACAACUUGGCUGAAGCUCAUGAAUCUUUGAUAGAAGAUUGGUUUCUCAACCAUCAGAAAUUACAUGGAGAUCUUCAUCAUUGGCUGUGCAUCAAGAAACUCAAAGUCUGUUGUCCAGACCAUCAUUAUGGUCCAGAAUGCCUGCCAUGCCCAGGUUCAUCACCUGAAAUGGAAUGUAGCUCUAAUGGGAAAUGCAAGGGCUCAGGAACCAGAAAAGGCAAUGGAAAAUGCGUCUGUGAUGCGGGCUACAGCGGAGAGCUUUGUCAACAGUGCGCUAGUGGAUUUUACGAUUCUUAUAGAGACGACAAGAAAGUUCUUUGCUCUGCCUGCCAUCGUUCCUGCAAAGACGUGUGCACACAAGCUGGGCCGAAAGGUUGCUUGACUUGCAAUGACGGAUGGUUCAUGGACACUGAGCAAGGAUGCAGUGACAUAGAUGAAUGCUUGACUAACAAGACCGCUUGCAAUGAUAAUAGUUUUUGCGUCAACAGCCCAGGAUCGCACACUUGCAUAAAUUGUGAUAAGGCAUGUAAAGGCUGUGUCGCCGACGGGCCUGACAAUUGCGUUGAAUGCGCUGAAAAUUACGAACUGAAAGAAGGCGUUUGCAAAGGUCCUAAAAGUUGGUCGCAGAGUUGGCAGGGAUCCAGCCUUCGCUAUUUAACAUAUUUGGGGAUGUGCUUAUCCACCUGCAUCAUCUUCCAGAGUAGCACCACUUUAGCUGCUCUGGUCGGCGUCUGCGUCGCAGCGUACAUUUCUCUUUCGGAAUAUUCAAUUAAUACCGAAGAUCCUAAUUCUGCAAAUCCCCUUAAUGGCGCUCAGAUAGUUCAAUAACCAAUUCACUAACUUAUCUCUUUUAUUUCAAUUUUUUAUAGACUCAGCCGAAUCAGAAGCUAAGCAAAACACUGAAUUAUGACGCUUACCACCAAAAACUGGCACGUAGCAUAAAUUAUUCCCUAACUUUGUGUUUAUUGAAAUGAUAGUGGAAUUUCUUUUGUCCUGUAAAUGUGCAUUUUCUCUGCAAUACAAAAAUGUUUGGUCUA